AUAUAGAAGAUAUAGAUUUGUGUCUUGUUUCAGAAAAAAAUCAAAAUGCAUAUAUUUUUAUUUACCUGCUUAAUUUGUUCCGCUCUUGGUUAUGUUUUGGCUCUAAAAGAUCCAAUAUGCGAUGAUGAGGUAUAUGGCGUCGGAGCGUGUAAUGCUUUAAUUGAGCGAAUUAGCUACAGAAUUCGUGGAAACCAAUGUGCAUCGAGGCACUUUGCAGGCUGUGAUACCGUAGGAACUGUUUUCAAGAGCAUUAAGGAAUGCGAAGAUACAUGCAAAGAGUAAUACUAUUGGUGGUAUACAAAUAUUCACUGAGAAAUGGUUAAACAGGUCUACAAAACAUGGUUACAACAUACAUUGACACAAAUAAAAUAUGUCUUUAAAUUCUAAUAUAAGUUCUAUACAUUAUCAACACAAGUGUAGAAAAUGUCAAUAAGUCGCAGAUGUUAUAUCAAUAAUAACAAAUAAUUUUGCAGUGCGUUGAUCUUGAAGUCCAAAUAAUAAUUGUAUCUCUUACUUCAGAAAAAACACAAAAUUAUAA